AAGGCUGACGAAAAGUAGCUUCGCUGAACUGGCAACAGUCACAUGACUGGGAACAAUUUCGGGGGGGUUAUUACUGUUUCCUGAAACAGACUUGAUAAUCAUGCAGUCACCUCAGGAUGAGCAGGAGAAGCUGUUGGAUGAGGCUGUGCAGGCCGUUAAAGUGCAGUCCUUUCAGAUGAAGCGCUGUCUGGACAAAAACAAGUUGAUGGAUGCACUGAAGCACGCCUCCAAUAUGCUGGGUGAACUAAGGACUUCCAUGCUCUCUCCUAAAAGCUACUAUGAGCUCUACAUGGCCAUCUCUGAUGAGCUGCACUACCUGGAGGUUUACCUGACUGAUGAGUUUGCCAAAGGCAGGAAAGUGGCUGAUCUGUAUGAGUUGGUCCAGUAUGCAGGAAACAUCAUUCCCAGAUUGUAUCUGCUAAUCACUGUAGGGGUGGUGUACGUGCGCUCCUUCCCCCAGUCCCGUAAAGACAUCCUGAAGGACUUAGUGGAGAUGUGCCGUGGAGUGCAGCAUCCUCUACGCGGCCUGUUUCUCAGGAAUUACCUGCUGCAGUGCACCCGUAACAUCCUGCCUGAUGAUGGAGAGCAAGCCGAGGAGGAGAUGACUGGGGACAUCAAUGAUUCCAUUGAUUUUGUGCUGCUGAACUUCGCUGAGAUGAACAAGUUGUGGGUGCGCAUGCAGCACCAGGGCCACAGUCGUGACCGGGAGAAGAGGGAGAAGGAGAGGCAGGAGCUGCGCAUCCUGGUUGGGACCAACCUUGUCCGUCUGAGCCAGCUGGAGGGGGUCAACGUGGACAAAUAUAAACAGAUUGUGCUGUCUGGAGUCUUGGAGCAGGUAGUGAAUUGCAGGGACCCUCUGGCACAGGAGUACCUCAUGGAGUGCAUUAUACAGGUGUUCCCAGAUGAAUUCCACCUCCAAACACUGAACCCCUUCUUGCGCUCAUGUGCCGAGCUGCAUCAGAACGUCAAUGUGAAAAACAUCAUCAUUGCUCUCAUUGACAGACUGGCUCUGUUCGCCCACAGGGAAGACGGCCCUGGCAUUCCAGCUGAAAUCAAGCUCUUUGACAUUUUCUCUCAGCAAGUAGCAACUGUGAUUCAGUCACGCCAGGACAUGCCCUCGGAGGACGUAGUCUCACUGCAGGUGUCCCUCAUCAACCUGGCCAUGAAGUGCUACCCUGACCGUGUAGAUUACGUAGACAAGGUGCUGGAGAGCACUGUCGAGAUCUUCAACAAACUUAAUCUGGAACACAUUGCCACCAGCAGCGCGGUCUCCAAAGAGCUGACGCGACUGCUGAAGAUCCCGGUGGACACCUACAACAACAUCCUGACCGUGCUGCAGCUCAAGCACUUCCCGCCACUUUUUGAGUACUUCGACUACGAGUCGCGCAAGACCAUGAGCUGCUAUGUGCUCAGCAACAUCCUGGACUACAACACCACUAUUUUGGCUCAGGAGCAGGUGGACUCCAUCCUAAGCCUGGUGUCCACACUGAUCCAGGACCAGCCAGAUCAGCCAGCAGAGGACCCUGAUCCUGAGGACUUUGCUGAAGAGCAGAGCCUUGUGGGCAGGUUCAUCCACCUGCUCCAUUCUGAUGACCCUGACCAGCAGUACUUGAUCUUGAACACUGCCAGAAAGCAUUUUGGUGCUGGUGGCAACCAAAGGAUCCGUUACACGCUUCCCCCACUGGUGUUUGCUGCAUAUCAACUGGCCUUUCGCUACAAAGAGAACUCCUCUUCGGAUGACAAAUGGGAGAAGAAGUGUCAGAAGAUUUUCUCCUUUGCACACCAGACCAUCAGUGCUCUUAUCAAAGCUGAACUGGCGGAGUUGCCCCUCCGCCUCUUCCUGCAGGGGGCGCUAGCGGCCGGGGAGAUCGGCUUUGAGAACCACGAGACUGUGGCCUACGAGUUUAUGUCCCAGGCCUUUUCCCUGUACGAGGACGAGAUCAGCGACUCCAAAGCCCAGCUGGCGGCCAUCACUUUGAUCAUUGGCACAUUUGAGCGCACGCGCUGCUUCAGCGAGGAGAACCAUGAGCCACUGCGGACCCAGUGUGCGCUGGCUGCCUCUAAGCUGCUGAAGAAGCCUGACCAGUGCCGUGCCGUCAGCAUCUGCGCACAUCUGUUUUGGUCCAGCCGCAACACCGACAAGAGCGGAGAGGAGAUUCGAGAUGGCAAGAGGGUGAUGGAGUGUCUGAAGAAAGCUCUUAAGAUUGCCAAUCAGUGCAUGGACCCAUCCUUGCAAGUGCAGCUCUUCAUCGAGAUCCUGAACAGAUACGUCUGCUUCUACGAGCGAGAGAACGAUGCGGUGACGGUGCAGGUUCUGAACCAGCUGAUCCAGAAGAUCCGCGAAGAUUUGCCAAACCUGGAGGCCAGCGAAGAGACGGAGCAGAUCAACAAACACUUCCACAACACACUGGAGCACCUGCGCCUGCAGAGGGAGUCUCCCGAGUCGGAGGGGCCUGCCUACGAGGGCCUGGUGCUGUAGGAGUCCCGGGGGGACGCAGUGCAGCAGCCAUAUGUAUGUGCAUACUCAGACAGAGAGCUGUACUUGUAUAUAUGCACACACACUCUAGUACAACCACACACCAGGGUAUUCCAUCCAGGGGAAAAAAGCAACAAUUUCCACCUGCCUCUACUCUCUUUUCCCUGAUCUCUCUCUGCGUAUCCAUUCCUUACAUCUCUCUGUCUCUCUUUCUGUCGCUCUCUGUCUCGUUCAUAAUGUAUGUGUGUGAGAGAAAAGAGCUACGUCUGCUUGGCCUUGCACUUGUCUGAUGUUGUUUUCCUCAUGAAUUUUUGCGCUGCUUUGACAUGCUACAGCAGUAGUGAUGGCAGGAGUAGCCCGAGCUCUUCAGGGAUCUAAACUCCCUUCCAACAGUCUGCUCUGUCUAUGAUGGGCACUUGUUAAACGAUCGAAAGCCCCUACGGCUUUUAAUGGCUAAUCUCAUACCACUGUCAGCCGGUGUGGUGUGGACGCUGACAUCAUCGCUAGACAUCCCUGUGUGUCUGACUGAAGCCCUGAGUUCCAGUGCGCUUGCCAUGUUGAACCAACACGCAGCCGUGCAACAAGUUUUAGAACUUUUCUCUUCAGUUUUCCUCUCCGUCUGUCUGGCUCGCUCUCUUCUUCCACUCUCCAUCACACUCCUUUCCCUCUCGCUUAGGCUCCGCUCGUUAAAUGUCCUUGUCACCGUUACUAGAGUAAAGCAGAGAUAAUCACUGUGUGCUUCAACGUGAAUAUGUUGGGCUGUCUAACCAUGGAGUGGAUUGUGGGGGCAGGUGGGUGUGUGGACCCUCAACGAAGAAGGCACGCUAGUGGCUGGGAAUUCCCUGCCAUUGAAAUGUCAAGGCCUGUAUAAAAACAACCAUCCUAAAGGAUAUCUCAUCUCAUCUCUGCUCAGUUUGGUUUUUGCCUCCCCUAACCCCAAAGCAUAUUGUAUGUAUAAUCUAAUUGUAAAUCAGAUAAGCCAGAAGAAGUAUCAUCGAUUUCAUGUCAUUUGCACAAAUAAAAUGAUCAUAUUAAUCCCAUGCGUCUAUAAAUAAAUAAUUACCUUUCCAUGUCAUGUCAUGCCUGGGCCAGUCCAGUUUGUGGUAGUGCGUUCAGCAUGUCUUUAUUAAAAGCAUUUGUUAAUGGUUUAUCAAAUGGUUUAUCAAACAUAUUACCAUUCACAUCAUAGUGUAAGGUAGAAAUGGGCUCCCCUAAUACCCACCAGCCCUGCACCUUCCUCACCACUAAAGAUGGUGCUCCAAGAUUGAAGACACAAAAUCUAGAAGAAUACAUGCCAUGAACAUUGGAGAGAUAUAAUACAACUGUCCUUCACUGGGACGUGUAUGGUCUGUUCUGUGUAUAGCUCUGCAUAAGGCGCAGUCAAAUGAAACGAUGAGUCAUUUGCCAGAUUGUAUUGCUUCAGUGUGCUUCGGUUGCUCUGCCUUCACAUCAAAGUACAUCAAAGGUUCUCAACCUUAACCCCUUAUCUAUUAAGUGUCCAUGUCAAUUAGGCACAUUUUCCAACCCUCUUUAUCAACCCAUCUUUUUUUUCUUUUGCGGGAAUUGAAGGGUGCAGGCGGGGCUUACAUGAUGAUGCUUUGUGUAGCUGGCCUCAUCCACUCUGUUACUUUGAGUUCCUGCUGUGUGGAAGGCAGUGAGUGGAUAAGCUGUGAUGGCAGAAGCCAGGGUGAUUUGCUGGCCCAUAAUGUGUUGAUUGGACUAAAUGGCUGAAAUGUGUGGACUGUUUUGGAUUUUGUUCACAGCAUCUUUUAACAUUUCUUGCUAAUUUCAUUUCUUUCUUGCUUAUCUAUUUCUCGACUGUAUACAUGAACAGUGACACACUAACAGAUGUUAGCCUUAUCAUGGUAUCCCUUUAUUUAUGCUGUACAUAUGACAGUCACGCUUUUCACUUUAGCUAUUUAGGAAAUCUCAUAAUUGUCUGAGAUCAAGAUCAAUCAGUGUAUGUGUAUGUCAAUUGAUUUUCUUCCGCAUUUGCAUUAAAAACCACAAUGCACGA